AUGAUUCAUAAUAAAGUAAAUCUAUAAUAUGUUCUAAACGUAGUAAUAAGAAUAAUAACAAAAUAGCAAUAAUUUUUAAAUAUAACAAAACAUUAAAAUUAUUUCAUGAUAAUAGAACUAACCAUAUAUAUUAUUUGUAAAUAUAUAAAAUAACAAAAAUUAAUAUUUUAUUCAUAUUUACUAAGAAAUAAAAAUUUUAAAUUAUGAAACAAUAUUUACAUUCGAAAUUAAAAAGAGUAUAAGAUAUAACUACUAUAAGCAAAAAUACAUUCUUGUUGUAUUGAUAUCUUUUAUGGUACUUGUCACAUUUUAUAAUAUUAUGAAUCAUUUUAAGUGUAUAGUAUUUUCCAAAAUUAGUAUUUAUUUAGAAUACGCGGAAUAUGUUUGAAAAUAUAUAGAAAUUAAGUAAAUAUCUUAAUAUCAUAUUUGAUGAAACAUGUUUUCAUAAACCUAUAAACCAGAUUAAGUCAAAAACCAGGUUCCAACCGUACAGAUAACACAUUACUUAACAUUUCUUGAAUUUCUACCAUUUCUUUCCUACUUUUUGUCAAAUUUUUAUUUUCUUGAAUAAUUUUUUCCAUUUUUUUCCAAUAUUUUUUACCAGAACGACAGCAACAGGUUGUUUCCUCUUUAUCUACGCACACUUGUUCUACAAGCUGGAUUUCAUCAAUGUAUUCAUUUUUUUCCUUGUUACAUUCUUGUUUUUUUUUAAUUAAACUGUCUUCUUCUGAUCUAUGCGUGUUUUCAGAUAAUUUUUGUACACAUUUUUUAUACACAUCAAAAUUUUUAGUUCCAUUUUUAAAUCCCGUUUUUUCAUCGAUAUUUCGAAUUGAUUUUGUAGAAAUGUUUUUUCGCUUAUAAAUAUCACAUAAAUUUUCAUUCAAGUUAUAUUCCAAUCCCUUGCAAUGCGCCAUAUCGGACUUACAGACAUUUAAAUUGCAAUAGUUUGCCGCAUCUGUAUCGUUUAUCGUAGUCUGUCGCUUCAAAGUUUUCCUUCUUCGAGCAAGUGUAGUGUCAUCAAUACGGUCAAUAGUUUGCAUAAAACCAUCGCUGUAUCUUCGUUUAUUUAUCACCGAUAUUUUUCCAUUUUUCAUAUCAUAAAAUCCAUCACUAGCUCUUCGAAUAUCGGAUAUAUUUGCUGAAAUUAUGUUUGAAGAAUUAUCUUUAUUGUACUUAAUAUUUUUAUUUAAUUCAUUUUGCGCAUCUUUGCAGUCUUCAAACAUUUGUAUCGAUAAAUUAACAUCAAUCUCAUUAAAUUCUGUACCAUCGUCAGAAGAUAAUCGUUUUAAUAAUAUUUUCUCUACUUCCUGAACAGUUGUUUGUUUAAGUAUUUUAUUAUUAUUAUCACCCAAAUCAUUAGAUAUUUCUGAAUUUUCUACAACGUUGAAAUCAUUACUUGGAAUACUUUCAAAUGAUCUUUUUGUGUUAGAAGGAUUAAUUUCGAUUAGAUCUCCAUCAUGACCAAAUGCAAAUGACUGUUGUCCUGAAAAUAUUUAAUGUUCAAUACUAUAUUUUCUAAUAUAUAUACCUGCAAAAUAUAUUUAAUAAAAAAGUAUAUUUAAUAAAGUAUAUUUAAUAAAAAAGAUAAAUAAAAUAUAGUUUUUACCAAUAAUUAUACGCUUAUUACGCAUAUCAGGACUUUUCGAACGUGGUCGUUCCAAAAAUUGUCUAUUAUCAGGAGAUAAUACAGAAAAUGUACUAUCACAAUAUAAUGGAUUGUAUUGUUCGUACGAAUUGUACACUGCAUGUGGAUCAUGUUCAUGAUUUUCGUGUUCUCGUAAACGUUGCAUAAUCUUUUGUACAAUUUCUGAUGGCGCUACAUACGGUGAGCCUAUCACACAAAGACAAUGAUUUGAUGUUAUUUAGUAAUUUAAUAUUUUAAUAUAUCAUUGUACGCUAACGUAAAUAAAUAAAUGUAAUUAAUAUAAUAUUAAAAUUUUCUGUAAAUAAGAAGCAAUGACAAUUUAUGAAAAUUAUAAAAACAAAACGCAAAUUAUAAAAACUAUGCAACUUUAUUUUUUUUAAAUAUAUUACGAAUUUAAAUAAUUAAAAUGUCAUAUUUUAAUGUCUAAUCCAAGUAAAUAGUCAUAUUUAUACUACUAAAAUAAUUACAUACUUAUUUUAGACAUUAAAAAUUUUCAUAAUAGCAAUAUAACUUUUUCAUGCACAUUCUGUUUCCUUAUUUUCCAUGAUCAAAACAAACAUUCUUGAAAAAAAUUCAUAAGCAUUAAACACAUGAAAAAAGUAAUCAAAACGAAUAUUUUCUUUGCAUUAAAAGUUAAAACUUUAAUUCUUUAAAUAAAAAUUGUUUUAAAAUUAAGAAAAAUUGGAGAAGACCUAACUGCCACAAAACUUACAAAAUUAAUUGGUCCAGAAUGUCUGCGAUGUGGAUAAAGUCUAGACACAGAUAAUGUGUCAUCACUUCCUAUAACAUUACUAUUUAUGUAACACAAAUUUAUUUUUAAGUUAAUUAAUUAAAAAAAAUUAAUAAUUUUAUAUAAAAUUUAUCUUAGUUGUCCCACAUUAAGUGCAACAACUUCUAAAUUAUAA